AUGGUCACCAGCAAACUCUGCAACCGGGUAUUGGCGGCCUCUUGCCGAUACACUUUCUAUGAUAUACAGAGACAUAAGCGAAGAAAAUUGAAUAAAAACAGACGCAUAAUGUCGUUUAUGAAAGGAGAUUUGCUAACGAAAACCAGAAAGCUCGUCAAGGGUUUGGCCAAGGCAGAGCCCGUUUGGCUCAAGGCCAUGGAACAGGCUCCUCCUGCGACUUUCCCAAGUGGUGAUGGGAAAAUUCAGAAGAUUAGUCUUCCUGAGGAUGUUUAUAUAAAGAAGUUCUUUCAGAAGCAUCCUGAUUCCAAACAUCAAGACGCUAUCAAGAUUUGUGGUUUUGAACCUGUUCCAGCUCGUAUAUUCGCUUUGCGGGUGCUUGAGUUGAAGGAGCAAGGAGUUACUGAGGAGGAAGCUAUGGCAGUGGCAGAUAUGGAAUAUCGGGCAGAGAAGAAAGAGAAAAAGAAGGCAUAUGCCCGAUUGAAACAAAUUGCACGUCUCCAGGGUAAGAGGCCUCCUCCAAACCCAUAUUCUAGUGCUAUUAAGGAGAUACAAGCAGAAGAGAGGAAGUAUGUUCGUGAUCGUUUCUUUAAUCCCAGUAUACUCAAAAUGGUGCAAAUGCUGAAAGAGGAGAGGGCAGCAGAAUUGCGUGACAGGAAUGCUGGUAAUGCAUACUAAACUUAGUUUUGAAACAUCAUGUCUUCAUCUGCUUGUGCAGCCUAAAUUGUAAUAAUUAUUAUCUUCUUAGCUACAAGAUAUCCCUUUUACAGGCUUUAUGUUUAAAUCAGCCAUAAUUUGGAGUUUUAGAAUUACUUUGUUUGAAAGAAGAUUGUUUUUGUCCUUUGUUCUAUUGGAUAGCUAGAGUACCAUUAUAUUCUGUUACUUUUCCGAGCUUUUGAUCAAAUGAAUGUGUCCUAUAUGUUUAA